UUAUUAUCUGUACCAAAAAGCAAGGAAAGAAUCUAGAAAUGCCCAUUUCUUUUCAUUCCAUCAAACCCCCAGAAAUAUGAACAAAUCAAAUUACUGUAUCAUGAGAUAGAUAUAGUGAUAUAGAGAGAGAAAUUGGAGAGAAAAGGUGGAGAAUAUAAAGGACCAGAAGUUGACAAAUUUUUCGUCAUUGUUCUUGCAAGGUCAUUUGUUUUUGUGGAGAUUUCAUAUGUGGGAUCUCUCUCUCUUUCUCAUUUUCUUGAAAAUUAAUUAUAAUUAUAUAAGUAGAAAGUAUAUACACACACUUGAAAAAGAAUCCUUUUUUCUUCAUUCUCUCUCUAAAAGUAGUUGCUUUCUGUUGUUUGGCUAUAAAUAGAGAGAGGCCCAGCAGAUCGAAAACUCCGAUGUUUUGUUCAGUUUAAGAAGGAUCCGAGCUUCUUCAAUGAAGUUAUCAAGCCAUUCUCUUUAUUUUUUAUUUUCUUUUAUUUGACUGUUAAUAUUAUUACUUUUAAAUUUAUAUGUUUUGGCUUCUUUUUAUUGGUUUUCGCUUUCACUAGUGGCCUAUAGUGUGAAAGACUUUGAAUUUCACAUUAUUCUGAGUUAUUAUUGAUACUGUGGGAUGAUUCAAUCUACAAGGGGUUCUUGAGCACUGAUUCCAGGAUGUGGGUCUGAGGAAUGGGAACAAAAGUGCAUUGUGAAAGCUACUUGCCAGGAUAUUACUCCAUGAGGAACCUUAACGAGGAUUCUAGCAGUAGUAGCUGGCCCCUGUUUUAUGGGGACGAGAACUUAACAAGCGGGCAAUAUUACAAUGGUUUCACGCCAAGGGCUAUAACAGAUCGAUGUCUAGGACAUGAUAAGGAUGCACUAAAGCAGAAAAUGCUAGAACAUGAGACAAUCUUCAAGAAUCAGGUUCAUGAGCUCCACCGUCUUUACAGAACUCAAAGGGAUAUGAUGGAAGAAAUCAAAAGAAAGGAACUACACAAAAAUCAGGCAUCCAUUGAACCAUCAUCGUCAUCAAGUCUUCGGGGAUCUCAUAUGCCAACAAAUGAAGCUCGAAAUUGGCAUAUGCCAGGCAUUUCUUUGUUGAAUUCUGGUUAUGGUAGAACAUCAUUGUCAAGAUUUGAAAUUGUUAAUUCUCCUCUGAGGUGUACAAAAGGGAACGAUAUACAGGCUGGCCCUUUUCAGUUCCAAGACGGGUGUACUUCAAAGGACUGUGAUGCAUUAGAUUCAAGACCGUCCAAGGUGAGGAAGAAGUUAUUUGAUCUUGAACUUCCGGCCGAUGAGUACAUUCAUACAGAAGAAGGGGAACAGUUACCAGACCACAAAGUAUCCGGCAUGUUGAGUUACAUUUCAAAUGGAGAUCCAAAAAUAGAAGCCCAGAGCAGUAUGAAGAUUUCCCCUGUUGAUGGUGGGACGACUGAUUUCCGUAGAGAUGUUUCAGCUUCAGGUUCCCAUUUAAGGGGCUCUGCUGGGUUGGUUGAUCUAAACGAACCCAUUCAGAUUGAAGAAGUAACAGCUCCGUCAUCAAUUGGUAAUUUUGGUCAUACUUCCAUCCAUGGAGAGACUAAAGGUAUUAAUCAGUUUGCUAAAGGAAAUCCACGAGUUUUAGGUGUACCAGGAGAAACCAUGUAUUCCCAAAAUGGAUCUUUGAUAAAUUCUGCUGUCGAGAGUAAAGGCAAUGGGAGGAGGUGGCUCUCCCAUACAUAUGAAGCAGGGACCAGUAAAUAUAACCCCAGUUCUGUAACUCAAGGUCUCCAACAAAAUAAAUUGCAAAUACCUUGUCAGUCAGCACAGGUCAUGCUCAACCAGGCUUACCGUCAUCCAGCAAUAUAUCCAACGGGUUAUAGUAGAGAAGAUAUGUGGAGAGAUGGACCCAACCGUGAUCAUUUCAAUAAUAGCCAUUUAGAACCAAUUUCGGCUUCUCAUACCCGUGGGCCAUCCCCAUCCAUCAAUUCUACAGGGUUUUCCAAUUUAUGGUCUCACUCCAUCUCAUCUUGGACAAAGCCAACAAAUAGCUCUACUCAAAAGUCGACCACAUUUCAACCAUCUUUCAGUUCAUCUUCAGGUCUGCAUCCGUAUGCGCAGAGCCAGGAUACCUUUGGAGACAAGUGGCAAGUCAAUGUUAGUUCUAGGUUGAAUCUGGGUUCAGGAAAUGAUUUAACAAAACGAAAUGGAUUUCAUUAUGGGUCUGCCACAGGAUCCAAAGAACUGCCUGUUCAAUUACCUCUGUCGGGCUUUGAUUAUCUUAACUGCAGUAGGGAUAAUAAUGUAACAUCUGACCGUUCGACUAAUCCUGGAUUUGAGAAGUUUCUGAGUGGCUCCGGUCAUGUAGAUUUAAAACCUGCAAUAGAUAUUAACUUGAAUGAGGUACUCCCAAAGACCUCAUCAAGUGAGGCAGUUCCUCUGCAUGAUCACAUGGUUGGAAAAAUAAUGCCUGAUGACCAACAGAUGGAUUUGCCUUGGCUUAAACCCAAGCCAGCAUAUGAAAAUGAGGUUGUGAAUACUAGGAGAUCAGAACUCUCGGGGGACUUGGGCUGCCUCCAAGCUUCUUCCCAUUGCAAGACUGAAGUAGUGAGUGAUCUUAAUCAAAUGUUCAUGCCACGCACCAUGUUGUCUCCUAGUGAUCUCGAGACUGGGGCUAAAAUGAAAAUAAGUGAGACUCAGAAUGUCAAGAAAAUUCUUGGGUUUCCCAUUUUUGAACCCAAUGCUCAUAACAUUGAGUCAUCUGACCAUGUUUCCACCUCAACAACUCCCGUUUCCCCUCCCCAAAGGGAAAAAGUCAAAGAUGAAAGGAAAAACAGAAUGAUUGAUAUUAAUCUUGCUUAUGAGUCUGAUGAGCAGAUUACUCCAGAAGAACUGAUUGUAGAGAAGGAAAUGCGUCCCGGAUCUACAGGUAUGAGGCAUCACAUUGAUUUAAAUACUUCAAUUAGUGAGGAUGAAGAUCCAACAGCACCCUCUAUUGCAAGCAACAAUGGCAGUGUGAAGAUAAUCUCGGACAUUGAUCUGGAAGUCCCUGUUCUUCUGGACUGUGAGGAUGAUAAUACACCGUCCAAAGAAAAUAUACAACAUGAGGCCUCUUUACAGUCACUAGAACACAAACCCGAAAAAAUACAGGAUGAAGUUCUUAGGAACGCUGCAGAAACAAUAUUUUCGAUCUCAACACCUUGUCAGCAAAUUCCCAUGGAUGAAGGCAUUUGCCAUCCCUCUGAUAUAUCCUAUUCAGAUUCACUCAUCUGGUUUGUCAAUGUUGUAUCAUCACAUGCAGACGAACUUGAGAGUAAAUCUGGUAAAGAAUCAAGAGUUGGUGAUCCUGCACCAUUUUGUUGGGAGAUAGACGAGUUUGAGGCUAUGGCAUUGCAACUAACAGAGACAAAAGAAGAAGACUACAUGCCUAAACCCUUUGUUCAUGAAGUUGAAAAAGUGGAAGAAAUGGGAGUGGGUUCAAAUAGAACUCGAAGGAGUCAGACAAGGAGAGGAAGGCUGCGGAGGGACUUUCAAAGGGACAUCCUUCCCGGUUUGACCUCACUCUCCAGGCAUGAGGUGACUGAGGACCUCCAGACAUUUGGAGGGUUGAUGAGAGCCACAGGCCAUUCUUGGAAUUCAGGCUUGACAAGAAGAAAUGGCACGAGAUAUGGGGGUGCUCGAGGAAGGCGCCGUACAGUGAUUGAAUCUUCCCCUACUGCUAUUUCAACCCCAGUUAGCGUUCCAUUGAAGCAGCAACUUAGUAAUAUUGAAGCUCGUUUGGAGGACGGAAGCCUUACAGGCUGGGGGAAAACAACUAGACGGCCCCGCAGACAAAGAUGCCCUUCUGGUAAUCUUCCGACUGUUGCAUUAACUUAACAAUGCAGAGGCAGUUAUUAUUGUUAUAGAUGGAAGUAAGACGCAAUGGAGCUUGUUUUGUGACUUUCUGAGAUUCUGGCUGCUGGUAACUAUGGUUCGGCUUUGUAAAUCUCGUUCUGAUUUUGUCUUUGGCUUACAGACUUUUAUUAGUUAGAAAUAAUGUCCGAUUUCUUGUGGAUAAUAUACAAGAUUGCUUUGAAUAUGUGCAUUCAUCUUUUUCAAAA